GUGAUGGGCCUUUCCCUGCCUGACCCCAGGAUGAUGGUAUAGCAGUGUGCUCCCGUGAUCCAGAAGACUUGCGGUGGGCAUCGUUUCCCGCUGGGACAUCCUUUGCCCUGCUCCCCCUCUUAGCAGAAGCCAUGGAUGCUCAUGUGGACCUCCUGACAGAGCUGCAGCUGCUGGAUAAGGUGCCCACGCUGGAAAGGCUCCGGGCAGCGCAGAAGCGGAGGGCUCAGCAGCUGAAGAAGUGGGCGCAGUAUGAGAAGGAGAUGCAGCAUAAGAAGCGGAAGCAUGAGAAGAAGAGGAAUGCUGUUAACCGAAAGAAAGUGUCAUUUGAAGCCAGUGUUGCUCUGCUGGAAGCUUCUCUGAGGAACGACUUGGAGGAAGUGUGUUACUUGCUGAAGAGCAACAUCAGCCCAGACCUGUGCAAUGAAGAUGGAUUAACUGCGCUGCAUCAGUGCUGCAUAGAUAACUAUGAAGAGAUAGUCAAGCUUCUCCUAAGCCACGGGGCCAAUGUCAAUGCAAAGGACAAUGAGCUGUGGACUCCAUUGCAUGCAGCAGCUACAUGUGGUCAUAUCAACUUGGUGAAGAUCCUCAUCCAGCAUGGAGCAGACUUGCUGGCAGUGAAUGCUGAUGGCAAUAUGCCGUAUGACCUCUGUGAAGAUGAGCCAACUCUGGAUGUCAUUGAGACUUGCAUGGCCUACCAAGGGAUUACACAGGAAAGAAUCAAUGAGAUGCGGGCUGCUCCGGAGCAGGUCAUGAUAUGUGACAUUCAUGACAUACUUGCAACGGGACAGGACCUGAACAGGACUGAUGCCCAAGGUGCCACGCUGCUGCAUAUAGCUGCAGCCAAUGGUUAUCUGCAUGCAGCUGAAGUUCUCCUUGACCAGGGGGCAAGCCUGGAUAUUAAGGACUGGGAUGGCUGGGAACCUCUUCAUGCUGCUGCUUUCUGGGGACAGAUGCAGAUGGCAGAGUUGCUUGUGUCCCACGGGGCCAGUUUGAGUGCCAGGACAUCUUUGGAUGAGAUGCCAAUAGAUCUGUGUGAAGAGGAGGAAUUCAAAGUAUUACUUCUGGAGCUGAAACACAAACACGAUGUGAUCAUGAAGUCUCAGAUGAGGCAUAAAUCGUCCCUGAGUCGAAGGACGUCCAGCACUGGCAGCCGGGGGAAGGUGGUGAGGAGGGCCAGCCUUUCGGACCGAACAAACCUUUACAGGAAGGAAUGUGAAAAAGAGGCCAUUGUCUGGCAGCAACUGGGCACAGCAGAAGAAGGAAGAAACUCGGGUCUCAUUGGAGAAAUGGGGGAGAUUCGGUCUGACCAGGAAAAUACAGACCCUAAUUCACUGCUGGAGAACUCAUCGCUCCUUCCGGAGUUAGCAAACAAAAGCACCCAGUGUGACUCUGAAAUCCCCCUCCAGAAUGGACUCAUGGCAUCUGCCAGCACUUACCAGUACACCUUUUCCAAUGGGGACGUUUGGAGCAUGUAUGCUGACCCUGAGAGCAAUCCAGGCCACAUGCUGCCCUACAGCAACCCCGGGCUCCCUGACACGGAGCAGUUCUGGGGGGUCUACAAGGAGCACAACCAUCAGACGCUCUCUGAACUGAAGCGGCAGCGGGCUGCAGCCAAACUUCUCAACCACCCUUUCCUCAGCACCCACUUUGGCAGUGGCAUGGGAGGUGUUGCUGAGAACGUGGGUGAGGCCAAGUCGCACUUAAUUGAAUCCAGGACUUCUCCCUACAGCUCCAAUGGGACCUCAGUGUAUUAUACAGUGUCCAGUGGUGAUCCACCCCUCUUGAAAUUCAAAGCUCCCAUGGAGGAAAUGGAAGAGAAGGUGCAUGGGUGCUGCAGGAUUUCCUAGACUCAUCUGUUUCUCACCCCCAAGGAAACAAGGUGUGGGUAGGCUGGUUGGAUCUAUCACAGAGGCCAGGUUGUUUGCAUUCCAAAGAGAAUUUGGUUAUGGACAUCCUGACUGCAGCGGCUUGCGUUCAUCUUGAAUUGUACUUUACCCUGCCAAUUACUUUCAUUGCAGUAGAAUGAGUAAUGCAGGUUGUGCAAGGCUCUUAGGAGAGGAAGGGAUGCACACUGAUAUGAUGUAAAAAGAGUUGCCCUACUCUUCCUCCCUGGGGAAGACGGCAUGGUGCUCUGUCUCCCUGUCCUUGGGAAGUCAUGAGAUGCCUUGGAACAAAGAAAGGAUCUGAAUGAAAAUCUUUGCAUCGGAGCCUCUUGCUGUAAAUCACCAAGGAAGGCGACAAUUCAGACCUGAGUGUUCACUCCUGGGUGAUGUGUAUAUCCUGGAGGGGAGAUCAGCCCCAGCAUGGGUUUGCAAGAAUGGACAGAGCUGUGUUCCAUACAGCUGGAUCCAGCACUUACAGCCUGAGCAAUGAACAAGCAUCGAUGCUGCACUUGCUUUAGGAAGUUUGCAAGGUGCUCUCUCCUUCCAGUGACUGCUCACCAACAAAAACUGUGCACUGGCUGGGUCCCGUUCUGCUCAUGUACGGUCAUCACUGCAGACUGCCUUCAGGUUUGAAGCAGAACUCUUCCUGAACAGGCUUCACUCCACAGGCUUUAAAACUGAUGUUGCAAUACAGGGCCCUGGCAAUAGAAUUUUACUGCAAUAAAAUACUGACAAAGGUC